AUGGAAGGCGGCAGGGAGCUCGACAAUGAGCCUGACGUCUGCACAGAGGAGACUGCCCUCCUCGGCGUCGCGGGCGGGCAUGUCGACAUCGAGCCGCCACAUCGCCCAUCGCACCAGUCAAGGACGCCCUCGAGGCCGCCGUCCAUUGUCUCCAUUGUGCACAUCCCCAAGGUCCACAACAAUAAAGCCAUCCUCAACCUUCUCUCUGCCAUUUUCUUUGUGGCAGCCUCCGCCAGUGGCUUUGCUAGCGUGCCUCUUACGAAGAUCGUCGAGGUUGUAGUCUGCCGUCAGUAUUACGAUCCAAGCCAGCGCUCUGGAGAGCCCAUCAGUGAGAAGCUCUGCAAAAUCGAGCCUAUCCAGGCGAAAGUGGCUUUCCUUUUCGCCAUUACGGGAAUGUGCGAAGCCGCUGUUGGUUUUCUUGCUGCGUUCCCUUGGGGAAUCGUUGCGGAUAGUGUCGGUCACAGGCCUGUCUUUUCAACAGCUCUCGUCGGAAUGGCGCUCAGUGUGUUGUUCACGAUGAUGGUUUUGCGGUUCCCCGAUGUCUUUCCCACCGAACUCAUUGCCCUAGACUCCGCAUUCCUCCUCAUAGGGGGAGGAACUGCUGUGGUAUGGGCUAUAUUGCUGAGUAUGAUUUCUGAUAUUUUUCCCGACGACAAAAGAGCCACGGCUUUUAUGCAGUUACAGGUCAGCGGCCUGGUUGGGAACCUCGUCUCUCCAGCUCUGUCCUCAGCGAUGAUGGCUACCACUGGCCCCCGGCCCGCCAUGCUCGUAGCCUUUUCUUGCCUGAUGCUGGCAGCCAUUGCUUUCUUGUUUGUACCCGAAACUCUCAGCCACAAGGCAGGCAAUGAAGACGAGGCCGAGCAGGAGAACCGACCCUCGAGCUUGAAAGGGAGCUUCCUGCGCAUCCUGGACGAGUUCAAGAAAUCACUUUCGAUUCUGGAGUCCCCAUAG